AUGAACACUGCGCCUCAAGAUUGGGCAACAGAUACAGGCUCGGCAAUGGUGUCGAUUGGCACUCAUUCCCUGUAUAUCUCAAUCAGUGGACCACCCCGCACACCCCAAGAUCCACUCGUGGUGAUCCUAGCAGGCGCCGGAGACGUCGCAACCUCCUACACAGCCCUCUCACCCCUCGUAGCUCAAUUCUCCCGGAUCCUGAUCUACGAUCGAACCGGGCUCGGUCGCAGCGAGCCGAGACCGAGUUUAGCAAGAUCCACAAAUCCCACGACUAGUACGGCCGUUACGGCCGCCGAGGAGCUACACAGCCUUCUUUUAGCGACAAACCUACGCUCACCGUUGGUCCUAGUCGCACACUCCUACGGCGCUAUCAUCGCGCGCGAGUAUUUACAUUUGUACAAUGACCAAGUUGCCGGUAUCGUAUUCGCGGAUGGCUCCACCGAACGACAGUGUGACUAUUUCCAGCUGCCGGAUGCCAAUAUCAACGCCGUGCUGGGGGAUCUCAAAGUAGCGCAGGUUACUGGUCUACGGGCGGACUCGAAACUUUCCAGGGACGAAUGGAGAAAUAGAGCUAUCGAUAUUGCGCGUGGUGUCGCCGCUGCACAGGUCGAGGUUGAUUCGUAUGUGGAUGUUUGUCGUACACUUGCGGAUAAGAAGCAGUUUCAGAAUCGGGCUAUGGGGGAGAGACCGGUAAGUGUGAUUCGCUGUAAUAGCGCUAGGGAUUAUGAACGAAUUUAUGAGAAGGGUGUUGAGGUGGGUAAUGGGACGCCACUGCAGCAACGAGGGUUCAGGGAUCUACUGGAUCGAUGGGAGGCGAUAGACAAGGAGCUGAAGGAGGAGCAGCUACGGCUUUCUUCGACUACGCAUUUGGUGCAUCUGCCAGAUUGUGGACAUAAUGUGCAUUUGAUACGGCCGGAUAUAGUUGCUGAUGAGAUUCGAUGGGUGUUGGAUCAGCUGCGGAAUCCGCGGGGCGAUGCGCUGAAACUUUGA